AGAAGCGGGAAGUGCACCGCCCUCCGUCUCGGUCUCCUCUGCUCUGCUCUGCUCCUCCUCGCUUCCUUUUGGUGCCGUGCCGUCUAGGGUUUCCUUCCUCCUCCUCUCCGCAGCCGUCGCCGCUCUCCUCCAGAUCUAACGCCAGGUGCGUACGUCCCCUCCCCCUGCCCCUUUGCUCCGCAAGCGACCGGUUCGACCUCCAUUAGAUCCCCACUUCGUUCCGUUCCGAAGCUGCUCGGUGCGCCUCGAAUCGAGAGAUCUCGAUACGUAGCGGUUUGCCUGUCGGAUUAGCUGCGCGUCCCCGGCCGGGUUGUGCUGCGGAGGUUGUUCUGAUGGCACCCGCUGUAGAAGCCGCGAACAAGGUGGAAAGCUCACUUCAAAAGGUUCCUGCUUUAAACGAAAGAAUUAUGUCAUCCAUGUCCAGGAGAUCUUUUGCCGCACAUCCUUGGCAUGAUCUGGAGAUAGGUCCUGAUGCACCAACUAUAUUCAACUGUGUCAUUGAGAUACCCAGGGGCAGCAAGGUUAAAUAUGAGCUUGACAAGAAAACUGGAUUGAUAAAGGUGGACCGUGUGCUGUAUUCAUCAGUUGUGUACCCUCACAACUAUGGAUUCAUUCCUCGCACACUUUGUGAGGACAGUGAUCCUCUGGAUGUGCUGGUCAUAAUGCAGGAGCCAGUUAUACCAGGUUGUUUCCUACGCGCAAAGGCAAUUGGCCUUAUGCCUAUGAUUGAUCAGGGAGAGGCAGAUGACAAGAUCAUUGCUGUGUGUGCUGAUGAUCCCGAAUACAGGCAUUACAAUGAUAUCAAGGAGCUCCCACCUCACCGCUUGGCUGAAAUCAGGCGCUUCUUUGAGGACUAUAAGAAGAAUGAGAACAAGGAGGUUGCUGUGAACGACUUUCUGCCCGCAAGUGCCGCCUAUGAAGCCAUACAACAUUCCAUGGAUCUGUACGCUACCUACAUUGUGGAGGGCCUGAGGAGGUAGGCUGCUGCUGCUGCGUGGUGGUCCGGUGCCUGGUUCGUCAUCACUGUCCGGGACCGGGAGGAUGUUGACGAAAACUGUGGAGAAGAUACCGUUACCUUAUGAAACAUGUACUGCUAUUUUGUUGGUGUGUCUUGUAUACCGCCGGUAAUGAACCCCUAAUCAAUCAACCCCCUUGGGAAUUAGUAGUAGAAGCAGCUAGUAGCACAAAGAAAUUGAUGAAAUAUUCUUUUCUCGGCCACAAGUGCCUAAUAUGUUGUACUCCAUUAAUCCCAAAAUAUUCAUUCUAUUUGUGUUAA